AUGAAGAUCCCGAGAUUUUCUGAGGUGAUGCAAUGGAUUCUCGGCACGUUUGGUAUCAUUGAAUCUGCCCUGACAAUCCCAUUUCGAAAUCCCAAUUUCAUAAUCUUGACAUUGAUUACUUCCCUUCCACUAUUUUUUCUGACCUUGAUACACCAAUUGCCUUAUGACUUCCAGCCUAGUUUGAUUGUGCACGCAAUAAAUCUGCGAACGAGUCUUUCUUACCACUCCAACCCUCUGAUUUCUGAUAUUUCAUGGGCUCUAGAUGUAGCCAUUCAAAUUCUGCAAGUGUAUUUUUUUACCCUCGGAAACUUCCUCAUUGUACUCACAACCAUCCAUGCUGCCUCAACAAUCUAUGCUAGCAAUGAGAGGUCAAUGAUUGGUCUGCGAAAUCUUCUUCGAAGUUCAGUGAUGAAAAAAAGGUGGCACGAGCGUAUGCUUACAUUCUUCUCUAUUUCCCUUCUGUGCAAUCUUUCUUCGGCUGCUGUUGUCUAUUGGCAUUACGCAAGGCCGUUAUACCCGAUAGGCUGCCCUACUAGGUUCUUCCGGCUCUUCCGGAAGAUACAUUGGAUAGUUUACGGCCUGGCCUUUGCGAUAUGGUUAGAUUACAGCGCACGGUGGAACUUAAGCGUUGUUGUUUCCAUUUUAGAGGAGAAGGUAGGAGUAUUUGAAGCCAUUUCAGCCUCAUCAGAGCUAACCAAAGGAAACAGACUAAGAGGCUUCUUUCUUAUGCUUCUGUUUUCUGUUGCAAAGUUCAAUUUGCCAGCCCUCGUUGCUCGGGAAUUUACAACUAUCUUUGCUUUUUAUUUCCUUGACACAAUCUUCAUGUGCUUGGGGAAUGUUAUCAUUUGGGAGGUUCUCACAGUUUAUUACUACGAUUGUAAGAACCGUCACCAAAAGGCCGCGGCCGUGACUUCUUUUGAUACAGGCAAUACUCUACGUUAA